AUGGCUUGCAGGAUAGCACCUGAUUGUAGUCAGGAUCAGUCUGAAUUUGAGGCAGAACUGAAAGCCGCUGGUGAGAAGCUUGUAGUAGUCGAUUUCUCUGCCACAUGGUGUGGACCAUGCAAAAUGAUCAAGCCCUUCUUCCACAGUUUGUGUGAGAAGUAUGGCAAUGUGGUGUUCGUCGAAAUCGAUGUGGAUGAUGCCCAGGAUGUGGCUACACACUGUGAUGUGAAGUGCAUGCCAACGUUCCAGUUCUACAAGAGCGGAAAGAAGGUGCAGGAGUUCUCUGGGGCCAAUAAAGACAAGCUGGAAGAGACCAUUAAAAGCCUCAUCUAAUCUCCAGUUAUGGAGACAUUGAAGCAUGACUGCUUCGGCUAAAUUAUAGCCUGCAACUUUUCUACUUUAAAGAAACAAACCUCCUAACCAAACUAGCUAGGUGAAGUGAUGGAAGCUAUCUUCUGGGUCUAUGUAAAUGAGUACAAUAAAGUGUACAUUCUUCACUUGGA